UUUUUCCUUUGAGAAAGAGUACAGUAUUACACUAAUUUUUUCUAGAACGAGCUUCGCGACACAUUGAAUCGUCUGCGCAAAAAGACGAGUGAAUCGCAUACGACAAUCAAUAAGCAUGAGACCAGAUAUAAGACCAUUGAGGAUAAUCUGAACGACAUCGAAGAGGACAAGCGUGCUUUGGAAGCCCGAUUGGCGUCUGCCAAGCAGCUUCUUCGCUCCCAGGAAGAAGCGCUGAAACAGCGCGAUGAGGAGCGUCGACAGAUGAAGUCGAAAAUGGUGGCCGCCGAAUUGCAGGCGAGGGGCAAGGAGGCACAACUGAGACAUUUGAAUGAACAACUCAAAAAUUUGCGCACUGAUCUGGAAAAUGCUCAUGCUGACAUUCGUGCACUGCGAGACAGAGAGGAAAGCUGGGAUGCCAGUCGAUUCCAGCUUGAGAGCAAAUUGAGGGAACACGACAGCCAUUCGCAGAAACUCCAGAUCCAAAUCAGCACUUUUGAAAGCGAGAGACAGAAUUUGAUGGAAAAGAUCAAGGAACUUGACGGAGCCCUCCGCCUAAGCGAGAAUAAAGUGCAAGAUAUGCGCGAGGAUGCCGACAAACUCAAGAGGGAUCUGGCUAAGGCUGAAUCUUAUGAAUCAGAACUGCGCAAGUACACUGAAACCCAAAGCAAGAGCAGCAACGAACUACAGAUUCUCAAGGAUCAGCUGCUUAAUGCUCAGAAUGACUUGAGCGCAAGCAAUUCGCGCAAAUCUCAGCUUGAGUCUGAGCUUUUGAAUGUACGCAGCGAACUGCGUGACUACAAGCAGCGCGUGCACGACGUUAAUGGACGUGUCUCGGAGCUGCAACGUCAACUGCAGGAUGCAAACUCGGAGAAAAAUCGUCUUGAGGACAGGAUUCUAAACAUGGAAAAGGUAGCGCAACGCACAGCAGAAAACGAACUUCGUCAACAGCUAGACUCAGCUAAGAAUGACAAACGUUCUGCAGUGAAGGAGCUCGAAGAGCUGAAGCGCCGUAUCAUGCAGCUGGAGAGCGAAAGACGUGCUAAUUCGCAGCUGAUGGACGGCUGGAAGAAAGAGAAAUACAUGCUUCAGAAGAAGAUUGAAAUGAUGGAAUCAGAGAAGCGUAGAACAGAAGCGGCAAUUCGCGAAACUGCUCUUCAGCGUGAAGCUAUUGAGAAAUCUCUUAAUGCAAUGGAACGCGAGAACAAGGAACUCUACAAAAACUGCGCUCAGCUCCAGCAACAGAUCGCUCAGCUGGAAAUGGAGAAUGGUAAUCGCAUACUUGAACUCACAAAUAAGCAACGUGAGGAACAAGAAAGACAGCUGCAGCGCAUGAGACAAGAGAAAGGCCAGAUUGAAAAGGUAAUUGAGAACCGUGAACGCACUCACAAGAACCGAAUCAAGCAGCUCGAGGACCAGAUCGCCAUCCUUCGCGACCAGCUCGAUGGAGAAAGGAGGAGACGCAGAGAUUUCGUCGACCGCUCCCUGGUGAACGAUAUCGGGCGCCUUGGAGGUACUGUACUUGGUAUUAGAAGUUACGGUGAUAGCAAUCUCGAUGCUAUACUGCACGGCGGAAGUCGUUCUGUUGGAUUCUUGCCACGCUCCACUUUUGCAUCGAAUCCACUAACCCCACCUCUUGGAACAUCGACGCCAACCCACAGCAGGACUCUUACUGACUAUCGCGAGACAUCAACUUCGUACAAUCGCCGUGCCGAUGACACUGGUAUGGAAGUGAUUAUCACGAGUAAAUCACCAGAUACAGAUCCCCCAACAUGUGUUGAUCCAGGUUCGGUCUACGGCGGAUCAGUUCGCGACCGUGAUUCGGUCUAUGGCGGGGUUGGAAGUGACAGUUCUUUCGGACGCGAUUCAGUCCGCGAGAAGGACCCCUCCGUUGUAGACAUACCCCUGAAUCAAGGAGAGGGUUCCAUGCAGACGUCAUCCGCUAGCCAGGGGACCAAGUACGACACACUUGCACCAAACAGGGAUGACCUGUAA